GUUGCUGAUAAUAUUUUUGACAUCAGAUUUGACAUUUCAUUUUACAUGAUUUGAAUAUCUUCCCACAUGCCAAAUUAAGCAGUGUUUGGUAUAGAAUGUGGGAACAAUUUUAAUUCGUUCGGUUGUUAUCUACAUAUAUAAUGAUCAAGCAAUAAAUCCUUAUCUCCCAGUCAGCUAAGAUUGUGCCAAAGAAACAACAUGUCUUGGAUUUUGGAUACACCACUAUCUUGGCUACAAAAUGUAGCUAUUCAAAUAAUAAAAGCGGGACCCGUUCCCAAACAUGUUGCCUUUAUUAUGGAUGGUAAUCGUCGAUAUGCGGUCAAAUUAAAUAAGGAAAAAAUCGAAGGACACUCACAAGGUUUCCAUAAGCUAGCACAAACAUUAGAAUGGUGUCGAAAGAUUGGUAUUAAUGAAGUAACUGUAUAUGCAUUUAGUAUCGAAAAUUUUAAAAGGAGUAAAGAAGAAGUUGAUAAAUUAUUGGAUUUAGCUCGAGAGAAAUUUGCACAACUUUUAAAAGAAAAAGAUAAAUUAAUGAAACAUGGGGUUUGUGUACGAGUAAUUGGGAAAUUAUCGUUAUUACCGCCUGAUAUUCGAAAAUCGAUUGCAGAAGCUAUGUUAAUGACUAAAGAUAAUAAUAGGGCAUAUUUGAAUGUAGCUUUUGCUUACACAGCUCGUGAAGAAAUCACUAAUGCUGUGGAAACAGUUAUUACUGGAGUUAAAAAAGACUUGAUUACGGUUGAUGAUAUCGAUGAAGAAUUGUUAUCGCAAUGUAUGUAUCUAAGUCAAAGUCCAGAACCUGAUAUAUUAAUACGAACGUCUGGUGAAAUUCGUCUUAGUGAUUUUCUUCUAUGGCAGCUCGGUGGUACAGAAUUACAUUUUACCAAUGUAUUAUGGCCCGAAUUUAAUUUAUGGCAUUUAUUAAUGGCUGUAUUUUUGUAUCAACGGAAAUAUUACAGUUUACAAGCAAUACAUACAGAAAAAUUACAAAGUGAACAAAAUGCUAACGCCACAAAUAUUAUUCGACGAUUAGAUUUUAUUGAAGGUAAAAAAAAUUGGUUGACACAAUUAGAAACUUAUGCAACAAUUUCAAAUCGUAAAAAUUUAUCAAGGCGUAUUGAUUUCUUUGCAGAUAUGAAAAAAAAUCGUAUGAUGCAAUUAGAAAGUUAUGUAACAAAUUAAUAGUUUAU